CGUAGAAAAAGUUUUCAUCAACAGCCGCCAUUUUGCGCUGGAGAGACUGAGAAGAAUUUCGGAAUUUGUCGUGUAAAUUUUCUGUUUUUUCUUACAUCAUUUUAUCAUAAACUGUACCAUUCCGUGUAUUUUAAAGUGUUAAGUGAAAUCGUGUUGUUCGAUCGGAGAAAUAAGUUCAAUAAAGUAGCUAAAAUCUGGUGAUAUUGUUUUCAUUUAUUGUGCUAGUUCCGACGGAAGAUGGUGAGAGGUUCUGUGUAGCUCUUCGAUUCGGAGCUUUGUAAUGGCGAAUACUUGAGUGAGAAAUUUUAAUAUGUGCCUUCUACGGUCCGAAGGACAUCGAACGAUCGUGAUGUGGGUGAAUUAUAUUAUGAUGAAUGACAAAUCGCUAUAAAAUGUUAUUUCUUGAAGAUAUAAGACAUAAAAGUGUUAUUUGACUCGGCGGGCCGAAAUAUUCAAGACGGCUUACGUUUAGUAAACAGAGCCAUGGCCGAUGAGCCGCCUAACAAGCGGCCGAAGAUGAUCAGGGACCCUUUCCAGGGUCCCUCUGACUCUGCGGCAGAUGGGUUCUCGAACCUUGACAUGUUUGACCUUGAAAAGGACCUCCCUGAUGAGCUGAUGGGUGGUUCUUGGGGUGAACAACCAGGAGUCACCGGCCCUAAGCCCCCAGCACAGGGGCCAGGGCCUGGGGGGCAAAUGGCCCAGCAACAACAGCUGAAUGGAGAUGAUCCAACAGCUGGUAUGCACAGAAUCAACAAUCACCUUAUACAACAAGUCUUUUCACAGGGCAACAAAGCCGGCUUAGUAGGCCACAACAAUCCUUUGGGAUUGAGUAGUUUAGGAAGUAAGAGCCCAAACUUACAAUCACCUCCAAAUGUGUCCGUAUCAAAGGACCUCAUGGGUGGCAUGCACCCGCAACUAAUGCCAAAUACAAGUCAUCCAAAUCAGCUGCACUCAACUAUGCCGAUGAGCUCGAUACAGGGCGGCAUGAACGUGGCGAACGUGGGCAAUAUGAUCGUCACCAAUAGCAACAUGACGGGCGCUAGCAUGCUCGGCAGCGGCAUCAUCAAUAAUGUCAACAAGCAGCUGCCAACGCUGAUGGGCAACAGCCACCACGGUACGCCGCCGCACCAUCCGCAUGCACAGAUGCAAAAUGGCCCCUUGGGAGGUAGGGUGGGUGCCGUCGGGGUGAGCAUGCAGGCGCCGAACAUGCGUAGCACGUUGCAGCACCACCAGCGCAUGCAAGCGCCCGGCGGCGGCGGGCAUCCCCUCACACCAUACCAUCCUACGUACGGACAGCCGGCCACCGGCGGCGGAGCGGGCGGUGCGGCGGGCGCUCCCUUGCCGCAGCGGCCGGCGGGCGUGCGCUUCGGGCCGGCGGGGGAGGCGGGCGCGGGUGGCGGGGGCGCCGCGGCCGCCGUUCCUCCCGCGCCCUCGCCGCAGACGCCGGGCGCGCCGGCGGGCGGCCAGUCGCAGCCGCAGGCCGCCACGCAGGCGCCCGCGCCGCAGCAGCCUACUGCGCCGCAACAGGCGCCUGCUGCCUCCAUCGCCUACGACCCACAGAAACGCAAACUUAUUCAGCAGCAACUGGUACUGUUGCUGCACGCACAUAAAUGCCAGCGACGCGAGACUGCUUCCAAUGGCGAAACAUGGCAAUGUUCCUUACCGCACUGCAAGACUAUGAAAGGUGUUCUCAAUCAUAUGAUGUCAUGUCAGGCCGGCAAAAAUUGCACGGUACCUCAUUGUUCCUCAUCAAGACAAAUUAUAAAUCACUGGAAACAUUGUGACAAAAAUGACUGUCCUGUUUGCUUACCACUCAAACAAGCCGACCGGACUAGAACUAUGAACGCAGCGGCAGCGUCACACGCAGCGACCGGUGUGACUGGUGGCGUGACCGGCGUCGGCAGCGUGCCGGGAGUGGGCGGUGUGGGUGGCGUGGGCGUCGGCGGUGGCGUGCAGGGUGUCAUGAGCGGGGCGGGCGGCGGUGCGGGCGCGGGUGCGGCGUCGGGCGGCGGCACUACGGGCGCGCCCGGCGCCGACAUGAAGCGCGCGUACGAGGCGCUCGGCAUCGCCUGUCCCACCUCCGUGGCUAACAUGGGCGGCGGGUUCACGCGCGCCGCCGUGCGCAUGCCCGCGCCGCGCCCGCCGGGCCUCACCGACGUGGUGCAGGCGCAGCAGCCGCCGCAGCUGGUGCAGCCGCUGUUCCCGCACCAACAGCAGCCAGACUUGCAGCAACCGCAACAACAGCAGCAACAACAACAGCAGCAGCAACAACAACUGGACUUGUUGCAGAUGGGCGCCGGCAGCCUUCAGCUUCCAGGUGGAGCCGUAACCGCCAAUCCUGUGUCCGGCACUAAGGAAUGGCAUCAUUCGAUUACGGCUGAUCUCAGAAACCACCUUGUCCACAAGCUGGUACAGGCAAUAUUCCCCACCCCAGACCCGACAGCCAUGCUAGACAAACGUAUGCAUAAUUUAGUUGCGUACGCGAGAAAAGUUGAGGGCGAUAUGUACGAGAUGGCGAGCACGCGCUCGGAAUACUAUCAUCUGCUCGCCGAAAAGAUAUACAAAAUCCAGAAAGAGUUAGAGGAGAAGAGACAAAAGAGAAAGGAGCAGCAACAGCUCGCAGCGCAGGCAGCGCAGCAGCAAGCGCAACAACAGGUGCAGUCUCAGGGGCAGUUGGGCCAGGGCGUGGGAGUGGGCGGUGUAGGCGGCGUGGGGGUUGGCAGCGUGGCGGGCGCGGGGGUGCGCGCACCCAUGCCACGCGCCGCGCUGGCGGGCUCGGCGCCGAUGGCCGGCAUGCGCAUCCCCUCGCCCGGCAUCGCGUUGGCUGUCAACCCCGCGCGACUCCCUUAUCAGCCCAACCUCGUGGGACCGCCCGGACCCAGUCCCAAUCAGAUGCCGCAAACUCCAAACGGUGGUAGUGUGGGGGCAGGCAGUGUGAGCAACCCGGGCAUGUCUCCGUUCGGUCAGCCACUGACCUCCCCCGCGCCGCAGUACCCGCCCGUGCACACUAACGGGCCCGCGCCUCUGGCAUCACCCAAUCACCAAACUGACAAUACUAAGUCGCGCCUGAGCGGCGCGGUGGCGAGUCCGUUCGUGAACCACAGCGGCGCGUGUCGCGAGGGCUCGCCGGGCACGCCGGGCACGCCGCACGCGCGCGCCUCGCCCGCGCCGCUGCACCUGGCGCACCGCGCGCUGCCCGCCGCGCUGCCGCCGCUCGCCGCGCCGCCGCCGCAGCCCGCGCCGCCCGCGCCGCCGCAGCCGCCCCAGCCGCCGCAGCCGCCGCAGCCCGCCGCGCAGGACCACAGUCCACAACAAGACGAUGUGAGAAUAAAGCAAGAACAGGACGAUGCUCGCAUCAAGUCUGAUCCUGACGACGACUGCGGCGGAAAAGGCAUGAGGGAUGAAACACCAUGCGAUAAAGACACCACAGACCGACCCGACUUCGUCGUCAAGCCAGAGAUUAAGCAGGAGAUCAAAGCAGAGAUCAAAUCGGAGGUGAAGGAGGAGCCCGGCGAGACGAGCGUAGGCGCGGACGCCACGAGGCGGAUGUUCGUGUUCAAGCCAGAGGACUUGCGGCAAGCGCUCAUGCCCACGUUGGAGAACCUGUUCAGACAAGACCCGGAGUCGUUGCCGUUCAGACAGCCGGUGGACGCGCAGGCACUCGGCAUUCCGGACUACUUCGAAAUAGUCUCAAAGCCGAUAGACCUGUCCACGAUAAAGAUGAAGCUCGACCAGGGCAGGUACAAGGACCCGUGGGAGUACGUAGACGACGUAUGGUUAAUGUUUGAGAACGCGUGGCUUUACAAUAGGAAAAACUCGAGAGUCUAUAGAUAUUGUACUAAGUUGUCGGAGGUGUUCGAACAAGAAAUAGACCCGGUGAUGCAGAGCCUCGGCUACUGCUGCGGCAGAAAGUACACGUUCAACCCGCAAGUGCUGUGCUGUUACGGCAAGCAGCUCUGCACCAUACCGAGAGACGCGAAGUACUUCAGUUACAAGAAUAGAUACACCUUCUGCCAGAAAUGCUUCAAUGAGAUCCAGGGCGACACCGUCACGCUCGGCGACGACCCGCUGCAGCCGCAAACUGCAAUCAAAAAGGACCAGUUCAAAGAGAUGAAGAAUGAUCAUCUGGAGCAAGAACCGUUUGUGGUGUGCAUGGACUGUGGCAGGAAGCAGCACCAGAUAUGCGUGCUGCAUCACGACCAAAUAUGGCCUCAAGGCUUCUGCUGUGAUAAUUGUUUGAAGAAGAAGGGGGCCAAACGGAGAGAGAACAAAUUCUGCGCUAAGAAACUGCCCCCGUCCAAGCUCGGCAUUUAUAUUGAGACUAGAGUCAACAAUUUCCUUAAGAAGAAAGAGGCUGGGGCCGGCGAAGUGCAUAUCAGGGUAGUCGCGUCUUCCGAUAAGAUGGUGGAAGUAAAGCCAGGCAUGAGGUCGAGGUUCGUGGAGUCUGGCGAGCUUUCCUCCGAGUUCCCCUAUAGAGCGAAGGCGUUGUUCGCAUUCGAAGAAGUCGACGGCACCGACAUUUGUUUCUUUGGCAUGCACGUUCAGGAAUACGGCAGCGAGAGUCCUACCCCGAACACGAGGCGCGUUUACAUAGCAUAUCUAGAUUCUGUACAUUUCUUCCAACCGCGCCAGUAUAGGACUGCCGUAUACCACGAAAUCUUAUUGGGCUAUUUAGAUUACGCGAAACAGUUAGGAUACACAAUGGCUCACAUAUGGGCGUGUCCCCCGUCCGAGGGUGACGACUACAUCUUUCACUGCCAUCCGCCUGAGCAAAGGAUCCCCAAGCCGAAGAGGCUACAAGAGUGGUACAAGAAAAUGCUAGACAAGGGUAUCAUAGAAAGGAUUAUAUUAGACUAUAAAGACAUUCUGAAACAAGCAAUGGAGGACAAUAUCUCUUCGGCGGCGGAGCUGCCGUACUUCGAGGGGGACUUCUGGCCCAACGUGCUCGAGGAGUCCAUCAAGGAGCUUGAUCAGGAAGAAGAGGAGAAGCGGAAGCAGGCGGAAGCGGCCGAAGCAGUGUCCUCGGAGGAGAACGAACAAGGCCCCGAUGGCAAGAAGAAAGGUCAGAAAAAGGCGAAGAAGUCGAACAAAUCGAAGGCUGCACAGAGAAAGAACAGUAAGAAGCAGAGUGACCAGCAGCAGGGCAGCGACCUCAGCGCGAAAAUAUUCGCCACCAUGGAGAAGCACAAAGAGGUGUUCUUCGUUAUCAGGCUACAUUCCGCACAGUCCGCUGCCAGCUUAGCGCCUAUCCAAGAUCCAGACCCGUUAAUAAAUUGCGACCUCAUGGACGGUCGCGAUGCAUUCCUGACGAUGGCGCGCGACCGGCACUACGAGUUCUCGUCGACGAGGAGAGCGAGGUUCUCCACACUGUGCAUGUUGUACGAGCUGCACAACCAGGGACAAGACAAGUUCGUGUACACGUGCAACAGCUGCAAGUCGCAUGUGGAGACGCGGUAUCACUGCACCGUGUGCGACGAUUUCGACCUAUGCGUGCAAUGCCACGAGAAGGAAGGUCACCCGCACAAGAUGGAGAAGCUAGGCCUCGACAUCGACGUGGGCUCCUCGCCGGGCGACAUGAAGCAGGCAAACCCUCAGGAGGCGCGCAAACUCUCCAUCCAGCGCUGCAUCCAGUCGUUGGUGCACGCGUGCCAAUGUCGCGACGCGAACUGCCGCUUACCAUCGUGCCAGAAGAUGAAGCGCGUCGUGACGCAUACCAAGAUCUGCAAGCGCAAGACGAAGGGCGACUGUCCGAUCUGCAAGCAGUUAAUCGCGUUGUGUUGUUACCACGCGAAGCACUGUACAGAGACCAAGUGUUCGGUGCCCUUCUGCAGCAGCAUCAAGCAGAAAUUGAAGCAACAGCAAGUGCAGCAGCGCGUACAGCAGGCCAAGCUGUUAAGGCGGCGCAUGGCGGCGAUGAACACGCGCGCCGGCCCCGGCGCCGCCUCGCCUCCGCCGCAGCCUGCGCUGGCCUCACCGCCGCCCUCCAAGCCGCACGCCGCCUCGCACGUUCCGCACAAUGUGCAAAAAGCGCUGCAACAGGUACAAGAGGAAGCGGCGCGGCAGCAAGCGCCGUCAUAUGGCAAGCAAGCUGCGAUGGGCCCUCCUGGUGCCGGUGUGGGCGGGGUGGGUGGCGUCGGUACUGUGGGCGGAGUGGGUGGCGUCGGCGGGCGAGGGGAGUGGCCGGCGCGGUACCGAGCGCCGCCACCACUGCACCACCCGCAGCAUCACGCGCGGCUGCAACACCACCACGCGCCGCCCCAACACCCACACCAACAUCCACACCCCGCGCAGCAGCUACAGCAAAGGCCACAAGCGCCGCAACAGCAACAAACACAACCACAAGUUCACCAAAAAGCGCUGCAGCAGCUGAUGGCGACGCUCAGGUCGCCAACGAGCCACAAUCAGCAGCAAGAGAUAUUACAAAUACUCAAGUCCAAUCCGCCAUUAAUGGCCGCCUUCAUCAAACAAAGACAAAACGCGCAGAACCAGCAGGCGGGCGUAGGCGGCGUCGGCGGCGUCGGUGGCGUCGGCGGCGUCUGCGGCGUGCUUGGCGGCGGCGUGCAGCAGCAACCGCAGUUACAGCACAUGAUGCCGCAGCAGCAGCGCCUGCAGCAAAUGCACCAGAUGCUGCCGCAACAGCCACAAGUUGGUGGCGUGUCAGGCGUAGGAGGCCCCGGCGGAGUCGGUGGCGUCUCAAAUGUCGGCAUGGGCGGCCCCGGCGGUGGCGGCGUCGGGGGCGUCGGAGGCGUGGGUGGAGUCGGUGGCUGGUUCAAGCAGGGCGCCGGCGGCGUCGCCGGGCCCACGGUGAACAUGAUGGGGAUGCGCGGCGCGUACGGGUCGGUGGGAGGGGUGGGCGGAGUGGGCCAGGUGGGCGGUGUGGGCGGCGUGAGCGGCGGCGCGGGCCGGCUGGGCGGCGCGGGCGCGCGCUACGGGUUCGGCGGCGGGGUGGGGGGGGUGGGCGGCGGAGUGGGGUCGGUGGUGGCGCGGUCGCCGCCGGCCACGCCGUCGCCGCGGCCGCCGACGCCGUCGGAGCUGCUGCUGCUGCGACAGUCGCCGGCGCCGGCCGCGCCGCACGCGCCGCCCGAGGACCAGCUGCCGCCCAUGACGCCGCAGGACCAGCUCACCAAGUUCGUCGAGCAGUUGUAGUGUACAUAGCCGAGGCGCGCCGCGCCGCCCUGUAAUAUAUAAACUAAUCGCGGCGGUCGCGCUCUCCCGCCCCUCCCCGCUCCCGCUCCCCUCCCGCGUGCCCCUCGCUCGCGUCCCGCUCCUGUUCCCCCCCGCCCUAUUUAUUGUCAAUAAGUUGUCAUUGGCGACGCGAGGGACGUAAAUUAAGUAUUACGAUGACCGAAUCGAGCGCUCAAUGUACAAAAUGUAAAUAUGAGAGGAGUACGUCCUGUCCGCUUUGCGUAUAAUAAUUGUAAGUUGUUUGUAGUGUAGGUACAUUAUGAUACUUAUUCUGUUUAUUGUAAUUAAAUCAUUUUAUAAUAUAAUUAUGUGAUCAUUAUAAA